AUGUAUGACAUUAAUGUAGGCAUCUACAACUUCAUUAUGGAGAAAUUUCCCUACUAUCGAACCAACAGGCAGGGAUGGCAGAACUCCAUUCGACAUAAUCUCAGUCUGAAUGACUGUUUCGUGAAGUUGGGGAGGGACAAGUCACGACCCGGAAAGGGCAAUUACUGGACCCUCACCAACACGGCAGAUGAUAUGUUUGAGAAUGGAAACUACCGGUGA